GGUGCGGUCCUCACAAUGGCCAUCUCUUGGGAUUCCAUCCGUGCCUUUGUCCUCUUCUUUGGGCCCAUGCUUCUGCCCAAGGCCAUCUCCUACUAUCGAAGCGUCCGAUCGGCUCCUCGACGACAUGGCCUUUCCGUGCAGCCCGUUCCGACAACGAUCCGCAUAGCGAUUUUCAUGCUCUCAUUCUUCGCAUUCAUGCUCGUUGUGAAAACAUUGCCCUUCUUUUCCCCCGAAAACGUCUUCACCAAAACGCAGAGCCGGCUGCAAAUCCCCGUCGAUGUGCUGUUCAACCGCAUCUCGGCCGUGCGGCCCAACAACGUCUUUACGGAGUGGGACCACGCACUGAGAUCCAAAUUCGUCAACCAGGAGAGCCGGCUUCUGUACUUCCAGUUCGGCCCGGAGGUCUUGGCUGAAUGCUUGUUCUGCAGUGCUGACGAACCGAGAAGCUACUUCUACUAUGCUCUCCCCGCGAUAUUGUGGCCGCAUAUUGCAAACUUGACCGCGCUCGCCAUAGUGACGAGUCCUUCGGUGACGGGCAAAUAUGGUUCUCAAUGGCGGUCGCUGGCAACCAUUGCCUCUGCGAUUCUGGCUGGGCUGGAGGUGUAUUUUGUGCACUCUUAUAACCAUCAAGUGAAUUCGCGGGCGUUGCGUCUUAGCGAUAUAGACUUUUUCUACUGGACGAUGCGCAACUACAGGUUCGUCGCCCUGGCUGCUCUCGAUGCUGUCGUUGCGUUUGCCUUGUAUUUGGCGGCUACGAACCGCGCAUUUGUCCAGCCCCCAUCUCCAGCAGAACGAAUUGAGCUCGUAAACAGGGCGCUCGUUACUGCUAAGAGCAAGAUGAAUGCGUCUGGCAUUGUGAAGAACACAAUCAUGCGUGACGAAGAUUUACGAUCCCGUUCUCAAGGCUACUGGCAGCACGAAGUUCGGCUUAUGGGAGAAGUCAUGGAGGAGCGAGAAGUCAUUGAUGGUGUAAAUGACGCUCUAAGUAACAGGAUCGAUAUCCAAAACAUAACGCGAGAUGCGGAAACGUAUACGCAGAGCGUCCUACGACAGCAAGAAUAG